GUGAGCUCCGCCUACCAAGCCCGGUAGUAAGGACGAGCUCCCGUGCCCACUGCCUUCCCUUCAUGCCCCGUGGACUGAGUGUUCCCUCCGACUGAUGGUGCGGGGGAGGAGCGCGAGCGCGGCGGACUCCAGGGGCCGGUGAGAAGCAGCUCGCUGAACAGAGGGGCGGGACUUCCGCGGCCGUUCGUUGGCUGGGCUGCUCCCGUUCUUUGCUCGCGCGGCAGCUGCUGCAGCUGCGUUCCCGGGAGCUGGCGUCCAGGGCCAUGACGUCAGCUUCCACCAAGUGGUUGGAUCCAUCACCUGCCAUCCUCCAGGUUGGGGAGAUCUUCUCCGCUGCUGGUGCUGCCUUCACAAAGCUUGGUGAACUGACUAUGCAGCUGCAUCCAGUGUCGGACUCCUCCCCGGCCGGUGCCAAGUGGACAGACACCGAGAUAGAGAUGCUGAGGGCUGCCGUGAAACGAUUUGGGGACGAUCUUAAUCGCAUCAGCUGUGUCAUCAAGGACCGGACUGUUGCUCAAAUAAAGUCUACAGUGAAACGAAAGGUAUAUGAAGACUCUGGCCUCCCUCUUCCAACCGAAUCACCCAAGAAGGGGCCCAAGAAGGGAGCAUCUAGUGUCCUGGUUCCUGCCCUACCUGUACCCCCACCCACUGGGUCUAGUGUCCCUGAAACUGGGGGCCCUCCCCCGAAGAAGCAGAAGGCUGAUGUGACGCUGAGCGCCCUGAAUGACUCAGAUGCCAACAGUGACCUAGUGGACAUUGAGGGGCUGGGGGAGGCACCCCCAGCCAAGAAACUCAACUUCGACCAGGACAGCCUGAAACUAGACUCUGGACUUCUCAUGACCUCUGCUGAUCCUCCUUUGCUCUCCCGAUGACCUUCCCUUUUCUGACCCCUGACCGUUUUUUUUGUGGACCUGAGUGGAGAGCUGGAGAAAGGAAAGCUGGAGGAAAAUAAAUAUCUGCCCUGUAGACUCUGUGUGAACACAUGCCCUCUGCCCACAAUGGACUUUUUUUUACAAAAUCAAAUAAAAACUUCACUCUUAA